AUGAAUAACACAAGUUCAAUUUUGUGUCUUUUUUUUCUAUUUGGUGCUGUGGAAGAUUUCCUCAUUCAUGACCUCUAUGAAUUAGCUGCAUUUGCAGAACAACAGCCUACAUCUGAGAAACUAAAGCAGGGCAUUACUCAGGUCCUCUCUAUUAUUGAUACUCAGCAUCAACCAUGGUUGAAUGGUAUGGAGCUUUUAGAUGAUGCUCUACAUAACAAGCAUGUACUGUCAACUGGGUGUGAAGGGUUUGCCUACUUGCUGCCUCAAAUGUUGCAACGAAGCACAUGGGUAAUGUUGUAUACCUGGACACAGGCAACUCUUUCUCACCCCCAACGAAUUGCCCAGUUUGUUGGUCAUAUCGCUGGCCGUGCUUUUGAUGAGGCUGGAAAAAGAAUUUUUCAGAGGAUAAUGAACAGCAUUGUAUGCCAUUCUGUGUUUGACAUCUUUACAAUGUUCAAUGUGUUACAUUGGCUAGUGAUCAAUUUUCCAUCUCAGCUGCAGAAAGGAGGGCAGGUCCGGUUGCUUAUUGUUGAUUCGAUCUCUUCACUAAUUACCCUGAUUCUUGGGAACAGUGGUUCACAGGGACGCGCCUUGAUGAUAUCUGCUGGGUAUAUGUUAAAGAAAUUAGCACAUGAGCAUAAUGUUGCGGUACUGGUGACCAAUCACACAGUGGGUGGGGAAAGAGGUAUUCCAAAACCCACUCUAGGACAGACCUGGAAGAGCAUCCCACAUGUGAGGCUUCUACUUUCUGGUGAUCAUGGACACAACGUCCGGAGUAUUUCAGUGCUAAGACACCCAUUUAUGCUGAAGAAUGCUCCUGUCAAGGGGCUUCUGCAAGGCUGCAAAGUUUUCGAUUUAGGAGGAACAGCGUGGUUGUUUCAAUUUAUACUUGCCACUCUACACGAAAAGGUAGGAAGACUGAACGAUGUUGAAAAUUGA